UCAGAGAUCAGAAGACGAUUCUUCUGCAAUUUCUUAGCAAAUUUUACAAAAUGAAUAAAGGUAAAAUUACGUUUGGUAAAAUACAGCUGAAGGCAGCUACCCCAGCUCCCGCAUCUGUAAAUCCCGAAUCCAGUUCAGCAACCGGUGGAUUCGGAUCUUUUGGCCGUAUGGAACCACCUCCCGAACCGGGUCCCUCGAGCUCGGCCAGGCACGCUGAUGUGGAAAAAAUUGCCACCGACCUGGAAAACAGCCGAAUGCAGGAGGUUAUGGGGAUCAGCGGAUUUGGCCGGAAAGCACAACAGUUCGACAUCAACGAGAUGAUCCAGAAAGCCAAGCGGAAUGCUCCCAAAGCGGAAGAGGACCCGAAGGCUAUUCGGAAAGAACCUCCGACUGCCGAUGAUAACUCGUCAGAUGACGAUAGUGAGGGGGAUACGAUUGGACCCAUGCCAACGGUGAUGGGCUCUGCUGAUGCUGCUGCUGCUGCUGCUGAUAGGAUAGUUAAGGGGAAAAAAGAACGUAAGGAAAGUGAUGACGAUAGCGAUGAGGACGAUGAUGAUGACGAUGAUUUCGAUGAAGAUGCCCCAAUCAAUAAGAUUCCCUACUCGCACGAAGUGGAAAUGCGACACGGCGGCAAGGCAGUGAUUGCCCUUGCGGCUGAUCCAUCUGGAGUGAGGUUGGCUUCCGGAUCGGUGGAUUACAAUUUGAACUUUUGGGACUUCUCCGGAAUGGACAAAUCGAUGAAAAGUUUCAGAAGUUUGCAGCCCUGCGAAAAUCAUCCGAUUAGAGAUCUGCAUUAUUCCAACACGGGCGACAUGAUCCUCGUCGUUUCGGGGAGCUCUCAGGCGAAGGUUUUGGAUCGAGAUGGAUUCGAAAAGAUGGAAUGCGUGAAGGGUGAUCAGUACAUAACGGAUAUGACCAAGACCAAGGGUCAUGUGGCUGGGUUGACCGGUGGCUGCUGGAAUUUCAUGAAAAAGGAUGAGUUUUUGACCAGCGGAAUGGAUUCGACCCUGAGGACCUGGGUUUUUGCCAAAUCAAAGGAACAGAAGAACGUCAUCAAGACUCGAGCUCAGGGAGGACUGAGGACGGCUCCUACUGCGUGUACUUACAAUCGGGAUGCGACGCUGAUCGCAGCCGGAUGCAGCGACGGAUCCAUUCAAACUUGGGACACCAGGAGGAUGUUCGUCAACACGACUCACUGCAUCAGAGACGCACAUGCCAAAGGCCGUGAAAUUUCGUCGAUUUUAUUCUCCUACGCUGGGCAAAUUCUGGCCACCAGAUCGACAGAUGAAACCCUCAAGCUGUGGGAUAUGAGAGCAUUUAAAAAGCCCCUCCAUGUGUUUGACAAUCUUUUGUCCCGUUACGACACGACCGAUUGCUGCUUCAGUCCGGACGAUACCAUGAUCCUGACAGGAGAAUCAAUUCCCAAAGAACAGAAACAAGGAAAUUUGUACUUUUUCGAUACAAAAACGUUCGAAACUGUCACAAUCAUUCCCAUCACGGAUUCACACGUAAUUCGAACCCACUGGCAUCCGAAGUUGAAUCAAGUCUUUGUCGGCUGCGGAAACGGCAUCAUCCGUGGUCUGUACGAUGAGAAGCGCAGCAUGAGAGGGGCCAAACUGUGCGUGGUUCGAACCCACCGUAAGAAGAAGGACAUGGAAAUGAUCGGAACGACACAGGUCAUAACGCCCCAUGCUCUUCCGAUGUUCCGACAGGAGAAGUCCCGAUCACACAGGAAGAAGCUCGAAAAGGAUCGUCUCGAUCCGGUCAAAUCCAGACGACCCGAUCUGCCCAUCACCAGCGGCCAAGGGGGACGUGUUGCCAGUUCGGGAGGAACGCUCUCCUCAUAUGUCAUCAGAAAUCUCGGACUCAGCAAGAGGGUGGAGGACGAUCAAGAUCCUCGUGAAGCCAUCCUGAAGUACGCAAAAGAGGCUGCUGACAAUCCCUACUGGAUUUCCCCUGCUUAUAACAAGACUCAACCCAAACCCAUCUUCAACACUGAAGACGAACCGGACAGCAAGAAGCCGAAAACUGAGUAAAA